CUCCUUUGGAGAAAACUUUCCUAGACUGAUAAAAGAAACGACAAAUCAGGGAAAAAGUGUUUCAUUAUUCAUGGUUUAUUUCCUUUCCCGUUUUUGAGUUAAACAAACAGUUCUUUUUACAACCAAGCUUUUUUUGUCAUUAAUCAACUAAAAAAUUUACCUUCUAUCCAAUUUUUAAUACUUUUCCCUGACUUAAGAAACCAACAAGGGUAAUACAAUAGUCCGUUUGUAAUUAAAAGCGCAGUAUUUCUUACUCAUUUUUAUCACAUUGGCUCUAAAUUGAAACAAAAAUGCAGGUUGGUUUCGGAAACAAACUGGAGGUCCCGAAAACAAUCUUCGGAGCCCAGAAACAAAAAAUUGAGCGCAAAAGGUCUUCGUCAAUUGCCAAAAUCGAGACCCUCAAAAUGUCAGUCUACGACCAGAUUUCGGCCUUUUGUGGACAACAGUCUCAUGGUGGUUAUGGAACUGAAAAAAGGACAUCAAGUUUAAGCGCUGGAAACAGUUGUAACAGCUUGACCAGUAAUUUGGACGAAGGCUACGACAGCCGAAGGUCGAGUAUGGACACGAGAGAGUACAGUUGCAGUGAUCAGGGCAUGCAGCCGAACAAACUCAGUUUGAUCCCGAUAUCGAAAAAGAACAGUUUUACUGUGGAAUUUCUGGAAGUAGAAAAGAAGCCGCGAAGUGUGAGUGUAGCGCCACACGUGAAGAUCCAGCUGGAGAUGACCUUCGAGGACCCCAUCACUGGCGAGUGGCUCACGCCAGAAGAGUACAUCUCGAUUGCAGUCGACGACGAACUCCGACUCAACUCAUUCCCUAACGAGUGGAGCCUCGAUAUUGCGUAAUCAAGUUACGUAAUCACUCACAUUAUCUCAAGAGAAUCACAAGUUACGUAAUCAAACUCAUUCCACAACGAGUGGAGCCUCGAUUUUGCGUAAUCAAGUUACGGGGUCUUUAUGCACUAAACGGCCCAAAAUUAGUAUUUCUACAUAGCACUAAAAUUUUAUGUGGUUGAAUCUGAUUGGCUAAUUCAACAAAGCGUAUGGUACUUCAAUUAAAACUUCAAGCAGAUAAAAUUGUUAGCCAAAAUUACCAAAACCUAAGAACUUUUGUUCUGUUGAAACCUUUUCACAAAAUUUUUCU